AUAUGUUGUUGGAGCUUCUCUCUGGUCCGCACAUCAAACUGGAACUCUUGGCCGCACUAACCAAAUUUUUAACACCGCCGUCAUCUGCUAUGGAUCUGGAAUGGGCUGAUACAAUUUACCGCCCGAAGACGCAUUUUGGGUCAAUAGUUUUAUAUCGCUUCUGUCAAGCGUGGUGCCGCAUGCUUAUAGAAAUGGCACUCGGGAGUUGGAUUGAGCCUCGAUCCGAAGAUGCACCGGAGGCUCAAAUUAUGGAGUUGAGCAUUCCGGAGUGACAACUUCCAAUUCCGUUGAGAUAGCGUUCAGGUGGCACGUGAUUAGUUAUGGAUCAUCCUGGGAAUUCGAGCCUAGCGGUACAUGUACUCGUAAAGCCGCAACACAAGGAUAUCGCUGGUUUAGUGGGAAAUCUG